AUGCUUGUAAUCAGUCUGGUUUUGUUUCCGCUGUAUGAUGCUUGUAACUGUCUGGGUUUGUCUCAGCUGUGUGAUGCUUGUAACUGCCUGGUUUUGUCUCAGCUGUAUGGUGCUAGUAGCUGUCUGGUUUUGUCUCAGCUGUGUGAUGCUUGUAACUGUCUGGUUUUGUCUCAGCUGUGUGAUACUUGUAACUGUCUGGUUUUGUCUCAGCUGUGUGAUACUUGUAACUGUCUGGUUUUGUCUCAGCUGUGUGAUGCUUGUAACUGUCUGGUUUUGUCUCAGCUGUAUGAUGCUUGUAACUGUCUGCUGUAUGGUGCUUGUAACUGUCUGAUUUUGUCUCAGCUGUGUGAUGCUUGUAACUGUCUGGUUUUAUCUCAGCUGUGUGAUGCUUGUAACUGCCUGGUUUUGUCUCAGCUGUAUGGUGCUAGUAGCUGUCUGGUUUUGUCUCAGCUGUGUGAUGCUUGUAACUGUCUGGUUUUGUCUCAGCUGUGUGAUACUUGUAACUGUCUGGUUUUGUCUCAGCUGUGUGAUGCUUGUAACUGUCUGGUUUUGUCUCAGCUGUGUGAUGCUUGUAACUGUCUGGUUUUGUCUUAG